UCAAACAUUUUUAUUUACUUGUGUAAAGUUGUAUUUUCUUAUUAAACUUAUCAAAAUAGUGCAAUUAGGAUAAAUAUCGUGUUAUAAAGAAUGGCAGAAGAAGAAACAUAUUGCCGUUUGUGCGCGGAACCAACUCCUAUCAACCAACUUAUAAGUCCUGACGAAGACGUCGCUAUAAACUCUAAAAUAUCUACUAAAUUGUCCUGGAUAAACAUCGAUAUAUCCUCAAAAAACAGUCUCCCUAAAACUAUAUGCUUCUCAUGCUUCGAUUUAUUAGAGAGAACGUGGUCCUUUCUACAAAACGCUCGAGAUGCACAAGAAAAACUGUCGAGUAUAUUUAUCAAAAAACCAAGCAAAGAUAACUCAAAUCGAACGAGAAGAAGUCACACGAGUAAUUCCAACACGAACAUUCCUGGCAAACCUGUCGACAGUGAUUGGGAAGAGUUCCAAGAGCUAAAGGUUGAAGUUAAAGUGGAGAAAGUCGACACCGACGGUAACGCACCUGUUUGCUCACGGAAAUUAAAAAAAAGUUCACCAUUAUCUGUUAAAUCUGAGGACGACUCCGACGAGUUCAAUCCCAACAACUUCGUCAGCGACUCCGAUUCUCACGACUCCUCCGACAGCGAUGUACCCCUAGAAGUAACCGCAAAGAAGAAGAAAUCUCGUAAGAAAACUGUUAACGAAGAAUUAGUAAUGCUAGAAGAUAUAAAGUCUGAGAUUCCAUUAGAAAUACUAGCAUCAAAUAUCACAUGGGAAAACCAACCAUGCCAGUGUGCAAAGUGUGACGCCCAAUGUGAGAACAUCACAAUUCUGCAGCUACACUCCCAGCAAAUACAUGACCAAUGCUGCAGCUUCAAAUGUUUGGAGUGCAGCUAUGUAAUAAAGACCUUCAAGGCCUUCAUCCGUCACAUGAGAACUCACAACAAUGCCCUGAGACACUGCUGCGAAUAUUGCAACAAAUUGUUCAUACUGACAUCAGAACUUCGACAGCAUCGGAGCAAACUUCAUUCUGGAGCAUUAAAAAUGAAAUGUAAAAAGUGUGGAUUGAAAUUUGAUAGCGUAGAGGAUCUAAAGGCUCAUAAGCUCAUAUACGGCAGCAGCGGGAGAAGAAAUAAUAAGGCCAAACCCCUGAGCGAAUUGGAUUUAAAGUGCCGGGACUGCGACAAGGUAUUCAAGUCCAAGAGCAACCUCCAGCAGCACAAGCAGGUGCACACCGCACGCACCAGGAACUUCUCAUGCCACGUCUGCGGGAAGAUGUUCUUCACCAAGGGCACGCUGGGGAGCCACAUACUGACCCACAAUGAUGCUAAGCCCUUCAAAUGUGACUACUGUCCCCUGGCUUUCCGAGCCCGAGGUAAUCUCAUGUCCCACAUCAGCUUACAUUCAGGUACUAAACCAUUUGUUUGCGAACAGUGCGGCAAGAGCUUCCGAGUUAAACGUCACCUGAAAUCUCACUCCAUAGUUCAUACGGACCUGAUGCCUUACACAUGCGAGUAUUGCAACAAGUCAUUCCGCUUCAAAACUAGACUGAAUCUCCAUCUAAGACAGCACACAGGAGCCAAGCCCUACAAGUGUGUGUACUGCCAUAGAGACUUUACAAAUGGCUCCAACUACAAAAAGCAUAUGAAGAGAAGACACAACAUUGACACCUCAAAACAAAAGUUUGAUAAUAUUGUGCCAGAUAAGGAGGAGCCCGACAUCAAAGUCAGCAUUCAGUCCACCUAUCCAGAGUAGUAUCUAACUUAUAUUUGUACUGUUUAUUUUGGGAAAUUAACCAAUAAAACUAUUAAUGAUUAUUAAAUUAUGAGAGUAUAUCAGCCGCUGACUAUCAUGACUGCAAUGAAAAUUAUAUCAUAAAUAUUUAAGAUAAUUUUAGCAUUAAAAAAUAU